CAGUGCUCAGUACAGACGCUCCGGAGCGGAGUGAAGACUGUCGGUACCGAGGUUGUGGAGUUUCAUUAUGAACCGCGGUCACUUCCAUUUCGGAUACAAAACAGCUUUUGUGUUUUGGUCACUCGUGCCCUUCAUAUUUGCGAACCAAGAUGUGAGAGAUAGUGUCUCAAAGGCCCAAGAGGUUGAGAGACAUCUCUACGAAAGUCAACUCCGCCUGAGGGAGGUGGUAUUUGUAAUCCAGAGUCAGAGGAACUCUUUCCAUGUGCAACGGGCAAAAAGACUCCAAGCAGACCUGCUCCAGCAGACAGAGGUGCUUCAAGAGAGGCCACCUGCCGUCCUGCUGCUACACGCUCUCUCAGACAGCGAGGGAGACUGGAGCAUUCUGCCCCUGCUACCCUAUUUUUCCUCUCACUUUGGGAGGAACUCCUCGUGGCUUAUGUUUCUGGAAGAGGAGACCAACGUAAACGUGGAAAAACUUCACAGUGUCCUCAAGAAGUUUGACCGUAGAAAAGAGUGGUUUCUUGGCAAGCCGCUGCAUGACGACGAGUCCACCAUCAUCCAUCAUUAUGCCUUUUCUGAGAACCCGUCUGCUUUCGAGUACCCAGAUUUCUCCGCUGGAUGGGCUCUAAGCAUCCCCCUUGUCCGAAGGCUUGCCAGUAAGGUACAAAAGGAACCCCUAAAGUCUGACUUCACCAUAGACCUCAAACAUGAGGUGGCGCUGUACAUCUGGGAUGAGGGAAAAGGGCAUAGACUGACGGCGGUUCCCGAGCUGUGUACUUUGCCAGAGCAGUCCACCAGAUCCCAGCACUGUGCCACCACUGUUGGCGUCCGUCCACCACUGUGUGGUGAGCCCGUCAAAAGGGAAGACAUAUUUGUGGCUGUGAAAACGUGCAAGAAGUUCCACUUGGAUAGAGUCCCUGUGGUGAAGAAGACGUGGGCGAAACAAGCCUCAAGUCUAGAGUAUUACAGCGACCACGCUGAUCCUUCGAUACCAACCAUCGAUCUCGGCGUGCCCAACACAGACAGAGGCCACUGUGGAAAAACCUUUGCCAUCCUGAGCAGAUAUGUAAGUGAUGCUGUGCCAACAACCGACUGGCUGCUUAUUGUGGACGAUGAUACGCUUAUAAGCCUUCCCCGACUGCAGGCCCUGCUCAGCUGUUACAACCCCAGGGAGCCAGUGUGUCUGGGGGAGCGCUAUGGUUACGGCCUGAGCCAAGGAGGCUACAGCUACAUCACCGGGGGAGGGGGGAUGGUGUUCAGUAGGGAGGCAGUGCUUCGGCUUCUGGCCAGCGGCUGCAAGUGCUACAGCGAUGACGCUCCCGAUGACAUGGUGGUGGGUAUGUGUCUCAGCGCCCUGCGUCUGCCUGUGACACACAGCCCCCUGUUCCACCAGGCACGGCCAGAAGAUUACGCCAGAGACUUUCUUGCCCACCAGACUCCCAUUUCUUUCCACAAACACUGGAAUAUUGACCCCAUUGCAGUAUUCCACCAGUGGCUGAAGGACGAUGUGGAUGUUUCCAGCAAAACCACUAGGGAGGAGCUAUAGCAAGUGUGUGUGUGUGUGUGUGUGUGUGUGUGUGUGUGUGUGUGUGUGUGUGUAAGAGAGAGAGAGAAAGAACCUGCUCAGACUGGUCCAUGAUCAGUCUGUGACAUUGCACAGACAUGAACACUUAGAAGGCACAAACAAGCGAUGGUUGGUCCAUGUUAGUAAUGUUUUUUUCUGUUUACGUUGACUGAGAGUGGCAUGUUUCAUCUGAUGUACGUUUGAAAACUGCGAGAAGUAUUUAUGAGGCAUCUUUGUCCAUUCCUUGUGAAAAUGAUCUUUGGGUUCUUUUGAGCAUCUUUUAUUUCUCCUAUGCUGUGCAUUAUAUUAAUGAUAAAUGUUCCACUAUUGAUUAA